GUCCAAGAAGGUAUUAAACAGAUUCUCUUCUUCGUGCUCUUUCUGGCCGUUUACAAAGUCACACUGGCAGGGAACCUUGGCAGGAUUGUACUCAUCCAGGUCAAUGCUUGGCUCCACAUGCCCAUGUACUUUGUCCUGAGCCACUUGUCCUUUGUGGAUCUGUGCUUCUCUUCCAAUGUGACCCCAAAGAUGCUGGAGAUUUUUCUUUCAGAGAGGAAAACCAUUUCCUAUCCUGCUUGUCUGGUGCAGUGUUACCUUUUUAUUGCCUUGGUCCACGUGGAGAUGUAUAUUCUGGCUGUGAUGGCCUUUGAUCGGCACAUGGCCAUCUGCAACCCUCUGCUUUAUAGCAGCAAACUGUCCAAGCAUGUGUGCACAUCCCUCAUCAUAGUGCCGUUUGUGUAUGGAGCGCUCACUGGCUUAAUGGAGACCAUGUGGACCUACAAACUAGCUUUCCAUGCUCCCAAUGAAAUAAAUCACUACUACUGUGCUGACCUGCCACUGACUAAGCUGGCUUGUUCUGACACCUACAACAAAGAACUGUCGAUGUUUGCUGUGGCUGGUUUCAACUUUACCUAUUCUCUCUUUAUCAUUCUCAUUUCCUAUAUGUACAUACUGCAAAACAGUGACUACAUACAGCAAUAA